GAGCUAAGCGGAACUGUCGCUCUCCAGUUCCGUGACCAGGUCGGACAUAUUUGACGACGCACCACCAAUGUCAAACGAUGCACACUUCGCAUCGGCUCCGCUGACCUCCGGGUUUGUUGUUAUUACAUUGAGAUAACUGCUUUGUAUCAGAUACAGAAGAGCACGGGUUGAAGCUAGUAUACAGUUUGUUCUGUCUCGGACUCAGCGGGUGAAUCUAACCGGACAAGAUGCGUCUCUCGCUGCUCAUGUUGAUCUCUCACGGCCGGGUGGCCCGGAAGAUGGGUCUGGGUCCGCAGUCCCGGAUCAACAUGCUGCGGAACAUGUUGACAGGUCUGGUCCGACACGAGAGGAUCGAGACCACCGCGGCCCGAGCUGAUGAGGUCCGCUUCUACGCGGAGAAGCUGGUUGACUACGCCAAAAAGGGAGACACCGAUGAGAAGGCGAUGAAAAUGGCCAGUUUCUGGCUGACGGAAAAGGAUCUGGUCCCAAAGCUCUUCAAGGUCCUUGCUCCACGGUUCGAGACUCAGUCGAACAGCUACACGCGGAUGGCACGCAUCCCAAACAGACAAAACCUGGACAAAGCUAAGAUGGCCGUCCUGGAGUACAAAGGCAACCCUUUCCCGCCUCUCUAUCCUGUGAAGAAAGAGAACGAACUGACACUUAUCAAUCAGCUGCUCAAAGGCUACAGAGAGGAGAUGGCACAACAGUUGUCUGCAAAAGCUUAAUUAGAACCACCCUGGCGUUGGAUCAGUGAUAGCGGUCGCUGGAGGAUGACGGUUGGGUGCUGAAAUGCCUCUGAAGAGUCACUAGCAGAUGCUGCAAGUUGUGGCUCAUAGACACUGAUUCAUUUAUUCACCGAAAAACAGUUCAAGAGCUCCAGUGUCACCUGAAGACAAGAAUAUUUCUGCAAAAUGUUUAUGACUGAUUAUGUAAUAAUAAAUGUUAUUUCUUAACAGAAGUAA